GCUGUUCAGCUCGGUGAGCCGGCACCGAUGAACGUCACGCGGUGCAGUUGAGGGUACAGGGCGACUCCGCACUAAGUGCUAGAGCGUGAAAAGUUUUUGAAACAGUCGAUUUAAUGCUGAGGAACGACCGCUACCUCGAUGGGGCUGACGGACAUCUUUUACUCCGUGUUCUGCUGUAGAUGUUAUGUGCAGCAGGAAAUCGAAGAAAAGGACGCAAUAUUAAGGACCAGCACGCUCUGUGCGGGUGAGCAGAGCCGCGACCCGGAAGGGGCCAUGUGGACCCCCGACUCAGUCAGAGAACCCCAAUCUGACGGAGACCUGCAUGCCUUUAUCAUGAUGAGGAACCAGGUGGACAAGGACACAGAGGAGUGGGAGAAGCUGAACUACGACAUUCACACUCUGAAGUACGCCCAACGGGAGGUCAGCACCCGCUGGAAAAAGAUCCUGCUGCAGCUGGGCUACCAGGGGGAGGUGGACCGGCUGCUGAGGGUGAGUAGGCGGGGCACUCUGAGUCACUGUGCCAACCUGCCCGUCGCCACGCAGCUCCUGCGCACGCUGUGGGCCGAGUCCAGCCUCUUCCCCACCGGAUACUGUGCCCAGGACACGUACCUCUUUGUCAUGGAUCGCCUGGUCUCUCUCGACAGUGCCAACGACUUUGUCAGAUUGGCGAAGGAGAAAUACCCAAAGAACAGAUAGGAGGGAGACCCAGAAAGAAGAAGAUGAGAGAGAAUGAGAAUACAGCUGUCUACAGCUCCAUGCAUUAUAACGCUGUGCAUACAUUCUCAUUUCAGAGCACAAAUGUCACUUGAUGCCAGGCUACGAUAGGUACAAGGUACAAAUCUGCAAGACAACUUCUGAAACUGUGCAGUCACUGGACAA